UCGUCGAUCCGUAUGCGUCAUAAAUUCAUUUUUUUCGGGUUGUAUGUAUGUUCAAAAAGUAGAUAUAAAGUUCGUUACACAACAUUAACGUUAGUUGUGUUAAUAAUUUAGGAAAUAAGAAAACUGGAAAGCAAAAAUAGCCCAUUAAGGUCAGCAUUAGCUUAACGUAACCGAAAGUAGACUCGAGCGAAAGCAUUGCGACAACAUUUUUACAAUUUUAUGUAAAUACAACAAAUAUAACGUUACAAGCCUUGCUGUCAUCUGUGUUAAAGGAAGAAGAGGACUGUCAAAAUGUCGGACAAAGAGGUGCCCAUGGAUAUUGACAUCGACGCGCAGCCUCUAACCCCUCACGACAUGUCUGCUAAGAAUAAAGAUAAAGUUCAAGUCAAUCUCUCAAUGAAGUGGUUAGAGGAUGUUCAACCGCACAAAUGUCGAAUAGAACUGCAAAAAAUUCUUCAGAGUUGGACGAACAGCAAAAACUUAAAUGGCGUCAAAGACCUUCUUGCAGACGUCUCUGUUGUAAGUGUCACGGAAAAUGGGACUAAGGCUGUGAUAAAUCUUUCACCUGUUCCAGCUGUGGAUGACUUUCAGAAACUGAGUGGACAAACACUAACCAGCAAAUGCAAGACACACACAGUCACAAUACAGUCUGUUGCGUUGACACCACUAGAGCAGAAGACACGAAUGCCAGAGGACGCUUCAUUGAACUUCACUCCUUCAUUCAUGUCAGAGGCACAAAAUGAGCAAGAGCACCCGGCAAAGCUGAGUAGGCCAGUUUCUACAGCAGGAGAGGAGACAUGCACUUGCUCUGUCGCAGUGGGCCAUUUCUGGUACGUGAACAACAUCUACAAGGAAGAAAUUAAACGUAUAGAGAAAGAGAAUAGAGUUAAAAUCGCAGCAGAAGUAAAUGUGACAUUUCAAGUAGACCAGGAAGAUGGAGACUCACGAAAAGCUCUCUCUGAGUUCACAAGCCUCGUCCAGAAGUGCUUAACUGAAUUAGAAACCUUACCUGUUUCUCUCAAUAAUGCCUAUGAAGAGGAGAUGAAAAACGUGCUGAAAAUCGCCCAGACAAAAGAAAACAAGCUUUUGCUUACUGUGUCCUCUGGAAAUAUGACCGCAUGGGGACCAACACCAAUUCAAGAUGCCAUCAGAAAGUCCUUAACUCUAUCAACAAAUACCAGCCCGUCUGUUGGAGAGCCUACGUGGCCGUUUCAAGACGUACCACUGAACGUUGGCUUGAGCAUCAAAGACCCUCUCGUCAAUGCUGGACUAACCAUGGAAGAGAGCUCCUGGAAGCUGUUGACUACUUCCUUCAAUGAGCAAGUGUCUAAGAUCAAAUCUAAGUUUGGUGUGAACUUUAAAGAAUCAGGCAUCAGUUCAGGCAAAGUCAAAGUCAAAGCUUGCUACAACAAACCUGGAGGAAACAUCUCAAUGGAGAGCCAUGCUGUCAGAGCUCUGCUUCAUCUGUAUCAGAAGAGUGUCACAUCACCCAUGAGCUCUUCCCAACACCAGGGCGCCACUGGGUUCACCGGCUCAAUGUCAGAAGGCGCGUCCGGUGGACAUGCGUUGAAUGGAAAAUCAGGAUACAGCACUGACACAACAACAGGGGGGGGAGCAACAGCAGAAAAUGACAAAGAUGAAAAAUGUCCUAUAUGCAUGGAGACAUUUACUGAAAAGAAACAGCUCAAGUGUAAACAUGAGUUUUGUGAGGACUGCCUGGCCCAGUCAGAGAAAGCCUUGGGACCCACCUGUCCUCUAUGCAGAGAUGUCUUUGGUAUGAUGAAGGGAGACCAGCCAGAUGGAGCCAUGACAUGGCAGUCAUUUCACUCACCUCUUCCUGGAUUCUCAGACUGCGGCACUAUAACCAUCCAAUAUGAGAUUUUCAGUGGAAAACAGACGAAAAAUCAUCCAAAUCCUGGGCAUUUUUAUUCUGGUAUAAGAAGAACAGCAUAUCUGCCAGACAAUAAAGAGGGAAGAGAAGUGCUUGGCCUGUUGAAGAAAGCGUUCGACCAGAAGCUCAUUUUCACUGUUGGAACGUCCCGAACGUCUGGGAUGGAAAACCAGGUGACCUGGAACGACAUUCACCACAAGACCAGCAUUACAGGAGGACCACUGUGUUUUGGGUAUCCUGAUCCCAGCUACCUGAGCAGAGUCAAGGAGGAGCUGAAGGCGAAAGGCAUCGAGUGAAGACUUCGAUACAAAGUGGCUGAGGAGAGGUGUUUUAUCACAAAAAAAUUAAAUGAUUAUGUAAAACAAGCAAUUACUGGGAUGUACAUACUGCCGUAUUGUCUCUAAUCUGUAAGGGUUACGUUGAGGUGGAAUAAUCAGCAUUUAUAGUUUAAGAGUUUAUGGUUUAGUAACGUGUAUUAUAUUUUCCUAUGAAGUAUAACUUUGAAGGAUUUCCUUAAUUUGUUUGUUGAUUGAUAAUGUUUCUCAAAAAUAUAGUAUAUGAGUCAGAUUUGUGAACAUACGUAAAUAGAACUUUACGUCUACAGUACACAUAAGAUACUGUAUCUAAUUUACUGUCUGCCUAAUAAAUGAUUAACCCAAA